AUGGUCAACACCAAGCAGCAAAUUAACGUCAACGGACCAAGUGCGGCCAACGAAAUUGAACAGUUCGACGCCAUCGUUAUCGGGGCAGGCGUUACCGGUCUGUAUCAAACGUAUUGCCUGCGAAACCUGGGCAUGUCGGUUCGGGUUUUCGAGAGCGGAGACGGCGUGGGCGGCACCUGGUACUGGAACCGGUAUCCGGGCGCCCGCUUCGAUUCCGAGAGCUUCAGCUAUGGCUACUCCUUUUCCGAGGAACUUCUGCAAGAAUGGGACUGGAAGGAACUGUACUCGGGGCAGCCGGAGAACGAACGGUACCUGAACUACGUGGCGGACAAAUUCGACCUUAAAGGGCACAUUCGCUUCGACUCCAGGGUGGCGUCCUGCACCUUUGAGGAAGACCGCAACACCUGGCUGGUGGAAAUCGAGGACGGACACCGGGCGCGGGCCCCAUUCCUGGUAACGGCGGUGGGCCUGCUUUCAGCCCACUAUGUACCAGACUUUGAGGGUCUGGAAACCUACCAGGGCAAGUGGUGCCAUACCGGUCGCUGGCCCAAAGAGGGUAUGGACCUGGCGGGGAAGCGGGUGGGCGUGGUUGGCACCGGGGCUACGGCGGUGCAGCUAAUAACCGAGAUUGCCAAGGAAGUGGGGCACCUCACGGUGUUCCAGCGCACUCCAAACUUCUGCGCACCACUUCGCAACGAGCCAAUCAGCGAAGAAAUGCAGCAGGAGAUAAAGGCCAAUUAUCCGGAGAUUUUCCGCAAGUGCGCCGAGACGGCCGGUUCCUUCAUCCACACGUUCGAUCCCAGGUCGGCCCUGGAGGUCUCUGAAGAGGAGCGGUUGGAGCAGUACGAACGGUUGUGGCAAGAGCCCGGGUUCGCCAAGUGGCUAUCCAACUUCUACGACGUGAUGAUGCCCGGCGAGGCCAACGAGGACUACGCCGACUUCUUCCGCAACAAGAUUCGCGAGCGGGUGCAUGACCCGGAAGUGGCGGAAAUGCUGGUGCCCAAGGACCACAUGUUCGGCUCCAAGCGCCUGCCCUGCGAGAGCGGGUACUACGAGGUGUACAACCGGGACAACGUCCUGCUGGUGGACGUCAAAAAGGCGCCCAUCCAGUGCAUAACACCCGCCGGCCUGCGGACGGCCGACGCCGAGCAUGAGCUGGACGUAAUCAUCUUUGCAACGGGCUACGACGCGGUUACCGGGUCGCUUUAA